AUUUUAGCGCAAUUUAAACUCCAAGAUAUUUUAUAGAUAAAUCUUAUACAUAUGUUCGAAGAUGCCCCAUCACAAUCAAACAUUCCAGAAACCUAGAGUUGACCGGUUACAAUCAACCGUGACGCGUUUUGGACUUUUCAUAGAAACAAAGUCCGUUCCUUCAUCCAAUACAAAACCAGUCUCUUCUCCGAGGGACACAAAACCCUAUCUCUCUAUCUCUCUCCGCACCAACAACGAUGAAUUCAAUCUACACCUGCGCUGAAUGCAACACCGAUCUCAAUCUCAACUCCACCUACGCUUACCCACCCGACUUCUACUUCGAAUCCGGAAACAAAGACUCUAUUUCCUUCUCCGCAGUCGACGCCACCAAGUUCAAAUUCAAAAAAGAAGAUAAGAUUCGUCCUUUCUUCGAAACACUCGACUAUUGGGGAAUUCAAAGAAAGAGAACUAAAAUCAAGUGUAAUAGCUGUAAUCAUCUCGUUGGUUAUAUAUACGACGAUGGUCCUCCUGUUACUCAUUCUCCUGGUCAGUUUCAUAUGGGUCCUAGUCAAGUUAUUCCUAGAGCUCCUAGAUAUAGGUUUAAAUCCAAAGCAAUUCGAAUCAAUUCAACUUGAAACUUGAAGUGAUACUCAAUUUACAUGUUUUAUGAUUGUGUUAAUAUAUAGAGUUUGUGUAUAGUUGGUGUAAUAUUUCACAUAUUUUGUUGAAAUAAAGGGGUUUGUUCUGUUCA